GCUGCGCGUUAGCCAGCUAGCAUCCCUCUUCUCGGGGUUUUAUGUAACGUUAGGCCCUCCGGGGAGGUUGUUUAGACGCGUCUGCACGUUUGUCAGCACGCGUUUGGCACAUUAACCGACUCGUGGGUUCAUUGUCCAAUCAAUUAAAGACGGAACGCUGCAGUCAGCCGGCUACCAGGGCGGGCUGGUGGAGGUGUUUCUACACCAGCCCCGGGGCAGCUCGAUAGCUCGCUAGCUAAACAGCUGUAGCGUAACACACACAACGAGCCGGAAUGAAUCAUAAAAGUAAGAAGAGGAUCAAAGAGGCGAGGCGGAGCGCCAGACCCGAGUUGAAGGAUUCGCUGGACUGGAUCAAACACGACUACCACGGGUCUUUCGACGUGUCGCACCGCACCGUGAAGGACAACGUGGAGCGCGUGGAUGCCCACCACCUCGGCCCCGACGAGUUCAUCCGGCGUUUUGAGCGUCCCUACCGGCCAGUGGUGCUGCAGGGCUGCCAGGAGGCGUGGCCUGCCCGCGAGAAGUGGACCCUGGAGCGCCUCAAGCGCAAAUACCGUAACCAGAAGUUCAAGUGUGGCGAGGACAACGACGGCUACUCUGUGAAGAUGAAGAUGAAGUACUACAUGGAAUACCUGGAGACCACCAGUGACGAUAGCCCGCUCUACAUCUUUGACAGCAGCUACGGAGAACACGCCAAGCGCCGAAAGCUGCUGGAGGACUACCAGGUGCCCGUCUUCUUCAGGGACGACCUCUUCCAGUUCGCCGGCGAGAAGCGCCGCCCACCUUACAGGUGGUUCGUGAUGGGCCCGGCUCGCUCCGGUACCGGCAUCCACAUCGACCCGCUGGGCACCAGCGCGUGGAACGCCCUCGUCCAUGGACACAAGAGGUGGUGCUUGUUCCCCACCAACACCCCCCGCGAGCUGAUCAAGGUGUCUAGAGAGGACGGGGGCAACCAGCAGGACGAGGCCAUCACCUGGUUUAGCGUGGUUUAUCCCAGAACGCAGCAGCCCAACUGGCCUCCAGAGUUCACGCCGCUGGAGAUCCUCCAGAGACCCGGGGAGACGGUUUUUGUUCCUGGUGGCUGGUGGCACGUGGUCCUCAACAUGGACACCACUAUCGCCGUCACUCAGAACUUCGCCAGCACCACCAACUUCCCAAUCGUGUGGCACAAAACGGUCCGAGGGCGACCCAAACUCUCUAGGAAGUGGUACCGCAUCUUGAAGCAGGAGAGACCCGACUUGGCGGCGCUGGCGGACAAAGUGGACCUCCAGGAGGCGACGGGCAUCGCGUCGGACUCCUCCAGUGACUCCUCGUCUUCAUCCUCCAGCUCCUCCGACUCUGAGGCAGCGUCGGGCUCGGAGGGCGGCGCCGUGUCCCAUCGCAGGAAGAAGAGGCGGACCGGCGUGGCGACUGUUAAGGGAGACGCCAGUGGACAAGACGACUGCGUCAGCAAGGAGAGGAGCUCGUCACGAUGACCUCGGCCCUGCAGCAGGCUCCGCCCCCUGUGUCGUAUACCGCGGGGGGUUAGGGGGCGUCUGGAGGUCCUUCGUCACCUCGGUGCCUUCAGUCCACCUCUGUUUGUAUCAGACUAGAGGGGGGGGCUUUUAACUGGACUGGACCCCUUUAAACCUGUUCUGUCACACCCCGAACGAUCAAAGCACCACAGAAGAAGAGAUGAGCUUUCUCAUGAUCUCGUUCUGUUAAAUGUUAUAAUCUAACUAUACUUAUAGGAACAUCUUCUGUGUGUGUUCAAAUUUCUUCAGAUUUACAGUCACAUGACUGCUGGUCUCGGAUGCAUCAAGCGUGAUGUCAUAGUUUCUCGGAGGGUUCUGAUUAACGUUUAUUUGAGGAGCGAUUUUAAAUGAGACGUGAAGAAUAAAAUGUAUGGGAUGAGAUGUAAUUUCAAGCCUUUUCUGGGUUUUUCUUCUCGCACGUGAUGUGUUCAAGGACCGUCCGAAAGAGGAAUCUGUUAUUCUGCCACGUGGCUUCAGGGUUCGGAGGGUUAAAUAAGCUCAUGUCACAUGAUGAACUAGAAAGAUGGUUUGAACUAAAGUUAAUCCAGUGUAAGCAGGGGUGGUGUGAGGAGCUCCACCUUCGGACUGUUGGUGCCUCGUUAGCGUUGAUUAGCUCCGUCGCUGUGACACCAGAGGCCGGGUCGGCUCAACGGGUUCUGGUCCUGCGUCCCCUGCUGCCGAAAUGCUGCUCGUUUAUCGUCAUAUUGAUUUGGGUUCUCAUGCAGAGUCACAGCUGGCGGCACUACGAUCCCCACAAUGCACCGCUGCUUUCUGUUUACAGCUGUUUUUUCGUUAGUCCGGAUUGUUCGACAACAGCUGAGCGAGAAGGAGAAAUAUUUCAUCGUUGAUUGAUUUGCUACAAAGUCUGAAUGUGUUUAUUUCAAGAUAUAAAGUUCACCAAAACUCAAAGCGGUGAAUGCGGAACGUGCAGAAUGGCUGUUAUGUUUAGAUGAUUGGGACCAUCUGGCACCACAAUCCACUUUUAUCUAAUCAAUAAUGUUAAAAUCAUUUAGUAAAACGCAACCAAUACUGAACGUAAUAAUUACAGCAGAUCUUUUAGUAGAAUCAGUAUUGUAUGGCUCGAUUUGUCCAAAGAGAAUAGUUGGUUUUUUCUUUUUUUAAUUAAUAAAAGGGACAUUGUUAUUAAUCUGUGGCUUUGGACUGAAGUGCCUCUGAACACGCACGUGUCUGAGUGUCCCUGAAGGCACCGCGUCGGCCUGUGAGGUCGGUCACGUGGUGCCUUCAGGGCUUCUGAGCUGAUCUGGGAUCAGAACGACUCCAUGUGAUCGGUUUCAUUUUGUUGGUCAAUAAAAUGUUUUCUAUGACUUUGA